UUGACCGCAAGGGGUAUGCUUGAUCUAAACACAUCGGCUAGAGGACAACUCACACAACAAGUACAGUAUUCUCAACGUUUUUAGGGGUUUAAUGUUUUAUUGUGUCAGCUCUCAUCCAAUCUGCUCCUAUCUGAUAACUGAAUGUGAGCAUUAUAUAUAAUUCGUUUUGUGUAACAAGUUAAAUAUAAAAUUUAAGGAAACAUCCAGACGAGAAAGAAAUAAUAAUAUAGCUGGGUCAAGGUUGUAAGGUACUGUAAGCAUUCGGUAGUGAGCUAAACACACAGCGAGUAGAUAACCUGUUUUCCGACACAAACGGAGUUUUCAAUAACAAUGGAGAAACCUACAUCAAUUGAAAACCCGGCAUUUGAUCCAAAUGAUGAUGAUUCUCUUGCCAGCCCAUCAUUUAUACAAACACAGUCUACUAAAACCAUUUUUGUCGACAAAUCACCGUCCACUCCGAAGAAGAACCGAAGGCGUUGCUUAUGCACGCCGACAGACUGGGAAAUGUCCGUGUACGAAAUUGUUAUGAUUGUGUUGACGGUGGUGGCGCUUGUUAUAGGCGUGUCAUUAGCGAUUAGGUUUACAGUGUUCUAUAAUAGCCACAGCUCACUCACGGAUGACGUCGUCGGAGUGAAUGAUGUGAAAGGUAAAACACAAGUAGAUUCUGUUAUCAAAAGACAUGUUAUGAUCCCGCCACCACCAGUUCCUCCAUGUGCACCUUGCCGCCUUCGCGGUAGCUACGACGAGUAGAGGCCUACCACUAUUUACCCUACCCAUCCAUCUGAAGAAACACAAUGGAAACUAUAAGCUAAAUAAUCUUGCUCCAAAUGGUUCUCUUACGAGUUGACAUCAGCCUGAAUUUACGUCCGCAUAAGCCUUGCAGUACAUCAGAGUUUCAGACAAUAAAACAUCCAGUGUACGGCAUCCGGUGUUUGGAUGAUCUGAUUUUUACGCACACAAUAAACGACGUGGGUUUAAGUAUGAGAAUGUCACGAGUAGGCAAUGAUUGCAAGGCUGCCGUAAUUAUAUAAAAGUUGGAAACCUUUGUACGUAUAUGUUUUGUAAUUCUGUCUCGAGGGGUAAGAUGUUAAUGUAUCUAUAAUUUUCAACGUUAAAAACCUCAAUUUUAUUCUUUUGAUUUAUAGGAAAUGCAAUAAAGUUGUCUCUUCGUACUUCAUAACAUGACAUUGAAGAAUGAAAUUCAUAACUAUUUAGGUUAAGCGUAUUAUGAUUCGUAGGAACUUUAGUCAUGAUUAAACCAUGGAGGUAUACCUCCAUGAUUCGACUAACACCUCAAUUUCGCUCCCAGUUUUGCUACUGUACUUUAUGACACUGCUUUACAAGAACAGGAAGUGCUCAGACAUGUAGUGUACAGAGUGAUGCACGCCAUUUAUAGGUCUACAAUAUUGUAGGUCCAUAGUAAAAACAAUUCAUAGCGUUUAAUCAUCCAAUAGGAGCGUACAAACUAAAGGUGGCAGCAUACUAGAAGAAGUCAUACUUCAGAUUUUGGGAUUUUUUUGGGUUAUGGAUACUCAGCAAUACAUCAAAGGAAUUGCUCACUUGCAACAAACUUAGCACUGGAAAUCAUCACUACUCUUAUAGACUCGAAAUGCAGCUGUUCGAAGCCAUUACAAAAAGCGUUCUCCUGUGCGGUCGAAACAUGGAAUAUAGAAAAUCGGUAAAAAAUGUAGUCCGCAAAAACUGUUAAGCAUAUCACUGAACUAACACGGAUUGUACAGGGGAAUACAUAAACCUAAAACAUCACAAGACGUCCAUGGUAUGCAGAACCUUUCAAGUGAGAGGAAGGCACAUAAUUUUUGAAUUGGUCGUCUGGAAGCAUUACAAGCAAAAUAGACCAAAAUGGCGACUCUAAGAAAUAUUUUUUUGGACUAGUUGCUUAAAAGAGACAGGAAAAUGAUAGACACUUGCAUGCAAGACAGACUGUUCUGGUUAACCAUUGUAUAAUCCCGACAGCAAAUAAAAAAAUAAAUAAAUAAUGUAUAUAGUUUUACGUAUGAUGAAAUAAAAUGAAUCUAGAUUCUCAGGAAAUUUUGGGGGAUCUUGAAUCUUGACUGAAUGAAUAAAAGUCCGUAAUUUUACUAUAAUCCCAGAACGAAAAAUACUUAUAAAAAAGUUAGGCCCUGGCUAGCAAACCUGAUGAUUGUUGCCCGGAAAACAAAAUGUAGCCAAGAUUUAUGGCCUGCAGUAUGCUUAGAUAUAGGCUAGAUUACUUAAAAAGGUGAUUUGAUUUUAAAUUCAAGUUAUUUAUGAAGCUUAUUGGAAAAUAGUGACCCUAAGCAAACAUUAUUACCUUCAGUUGUUAUUCCCUUCAUGUAUUUUUUUUUAUAAGAACGACUUAUUCAGAUCAAUAUUUUCCAAUAUUGCCCUAAAAAGAAAAUGUUUAUUAUUGCAAAUUUCUUAAAACAAUUCUUCUGACCCUAUCCUUUCAUAAAAGUGUCAACGUUUUUUUUUUAUUAUACAUUUAUGGACCUCGAUAAAAAAAAACUUUAGAUUCACAAAUAUAAUAAAAAAACCCUCUGAGACACCAUACAUCUAUGGGUUGAAGUAUCUUGACAUAAAAAUCCGAUGGGAAGGAAAUCAUUAUCCAUCUAUUCUGAAAUCCCUGUUUAAGAGUGGCCAUCUCAGCAAACGUCAAUUAAUUGUAACUUGCUAUUCUACAACAGGAUCGCUGAUUGCCAUUUUGGGAGUAUUCCAAUACUAUUCUUAAUUACAAGAUCAGAAAAUAA